UUUUUUCAAUAAAUAUCGCUUUUAUGCUCAGUGAAUUGAAUGAAUGUUUGGCUGAAAAUAAAAAAUAUAAUCGUUAUUUAACAUUUUUAUUUAGAAAAUAUGGAAAUGGUGCGACAAUAACAUUUGAGGGAUUAGAACAUUUAAUGCACAAUCUUGGUAUUGGAGAUUUGGAAUUCAGUCCUACUCAUACGAUUGAAGAACAUUUUCCAACUGGUUAUACACCACCUGACAUAACAUCCGAUGAAGAUUUAGAGCCGCAUCCUAAAAGUAUAUUAAAAAAUUCAACAUUAUUACAAGGUGGCACCGAUUCACAGAAAUUUAUUCGUAAUGUCAUAGAAUAUAAUGAUGAAUUUCAAAUUUUAACAAAUGAAGUUGAUUUUAAAGAAAUGCAUGAUCCUAAACAUUAUCAUCCAAAGCAAAUUGAAGCACAUGAUCAUGAUCAUGGCCAUGGUCAUGGUCACGGUGAACCAGUUAAAAAACCAACAAAAAUCUGUUUAUCCCCAAGAGGUAUUCUAAAUUUAAUAAGUGAUGAGAGUAUUAAAAAAAGGAAUAAAGAGAUACAAGAACAAGUACCAAGAAAGACUCAAAAAUUGGAUGACGAUGCAUUAAAAGAUGAAGAUGAUGAGAUGUUAACUUUAGUAAAAAUAACCCCAUCAACAUUCUUAAAAAUUUGCCCAGCUUUAUUGGUACAAUUAGAUCAACAAAUUUGUUCUGAGUAUGCACCAAUUACAUUUGUUACUUCUGAAACAUCUCUCGGAACAUCUGAAUUUAUCUAUUCUUGUAUAUAUGCUGCAAUUGCUAUUACAAUUCUCUCGGCAUGUGGUUUAUUUGGAAUUUUAAUUGUACCAUUAAUGAAAUCUUUUCUUUAUAAUGAAAUAUUAAAAUUUUUGGUAGCAGUUGCUGUUGGUACAUUAGGUGGUGAUGCUUUAAUGCAUUUAAUACCGCAUGCAUUACUUGUAUCAAAUGCUAAUUCACCAUCCGGCAGAAAUAGUUUUCAUGAUCAUAUGGAUUCAAUAUUGAUAUUUGGAUGUACAUUUCUUACUAUAAUCUUUAUGUAUUGUAUUGAAAGUUUAUUACCAUUAAUUCGAGGUGAAGAUUCACAUGGACAUGGACAUGCGCACAGCCAUGGUGGACAUAAUCAUCAUAGAAAUCAUCAUGAAAAUUUAAAUAAUCAAGAACCACCAAAAAUAAUUAUUAAUAAUCAUCAAGAUUCAAAUAAUGCAUGUUCAAAUGAACAUAAUCCCGAAUCAAAUAAUACAAUGUUAGAUGAAAAUAAAUUGGAUUCUAAAGAAGAUAUGAUUGAUUUACCAAUGACACCAGUAGCAUUUAUGGUAGUUAUUGGUGAUGGUUUACAUAAUUUAACUGAUGGUUUAGCAAUUGGUGCAGCAUUUGCAGCAGAUCCAGUUACAGGAAUGGCUACAGCUUUUGCUGUAUUAUGUCAUGAAUUACCACAUGAAUUGGGUGAUUUUGCAUUACUAAUUCAGACUGGAUUAAGUAUUCGUAGAGCAGUUUAUCUUAAUAUUGUUUCAUCAAUUCUUAGUUUUAUUGGUAUGGCUUUUGGAUUAGUUAUUGCCGGUAUGCAUGCUGGUAUGGUUAAAUGGAUUUAUGCAUGUACAGCUGGAUCAUUUCUUUAUAUCGCUUUAACAGAUUUAAUACCCGAAUUAGAAAAAUCAAAAAAAAGUUUUGCAAAUACUUUAAUACAAAUUUUAGGUAUUUUAUUGGGUGGUCUUAUAAUGUUAUUAAUAGCUCUUAAUGAAACUAGUUUAAGGACAUUGUUUGAAUAG